AUGCAACAUUCUGGAGCUGUUCCAGGAAUCCCCGCUACAUACGCUGCUAUCUUAAGACUCAAAUCUGCUAGCUCAUCAUAUUCCUCAGCUGCCAUGAACUCCCGAAGCAGGCAACGAUCAAGCAGCCCAGCCCUAGGAAGCAUCUCUUCGCCGAGCUGGCAUGGGGCAGCGCAGCAGUAUCACUCACCAACAAACCUCUAUCAUGUCCCAGAGGCCUUCAGACAUGAUGAAAAUGUCGAUUAUGGGCCGGUAUUUAUACAGGAGCCUGAUAAUGUGAUUUUCCCUGUGGAUUCAGAUGAGAAGAAGGUGUCCCUCAGCUGUCAAGCACGAGGAAAUCCUUCUCCUACUUACAGAUGGCUCCGGAAUGGGACAGAGGUCAACAUUGAAAGCGAUUACCGCCUCAGCAUCAUAGAAGGGACCAUCAUCAUCAACAAUCCCAGUGAAACAAAAGAUGCUGGCCAGUAUCAGUGCCUUACCACCAACAUGUUUGGCAGCAUUCUAAGCAGAGAAGCUACACUUCAGUUUGCGUACCUGGGAAAUUUCAGUGGUCGGAUGAGAAGUGCCGUGUCGGUGAGGGAAGGUCAAGGCGUAGUGCUGAUGUGUUCUCCUCCACUUCAUUCACCAGAGAUCAUCUAUAGCUGGGUAUUUAACGAGUUCCCCUCCUUUGUGGCAGAAGACAGCCGGCGCUUCAUCUCACAGGAAACAGGCAACCUGUACAUAUCCAAAGUGCAGCCUUCAGAUGUAGGGAGCUACAUCUGCCUGGUGAAGAACACAGUGACGAACGCCAGAGUCCUCAGCCCACCGACGCCUCUGACCCUCCGAACGGACGGUGUGAUGGGGGAAUAUGAGCCGAAAAUUGAAGUCCAUUUUCCAUACACAGUUACAGCUGCAAAGGGAUCUACUGUUAAGAUGGAGUGUUUUGCACUUGGCAACCCUGUUCCAACCAUCUCAUGGAGGAAAGUUAAUGGCCCCAAUCCGAGCAAAGCCCGUCUGCGGAAGUCCCAAGCAGUGCUUGAGAUCCCAAACGUCCAGCUGGAAGAUGCUGGGACAUACGAAUGCAAGGCUGAAAACUCCAGGGGAAGGAAUGUCUUUCGCGGACAGCUGCAAGUAUACACGUACCCACAUUGGAUGGAGAGGCUGAACGAUACCCAGUUAGACAGUGGGGAACAGCUUCGAUGGGAAUGUAAAGCCAUGGGAAAGCCGAGGCCCACCUAUCGCUGGCUAAAAAAUGGAGCCCCUCUAUGGCCAGAGAGCAGGAUUGAGAUGCUUAAUGGUGUGCUGAUGAUCCACAGUGUGAAUCAGUCUGAUGCUGGAAUGUACCAGUGUGUCGCAGAAAACAAGCACGGGGCCAUUUACGCCAGUGCCGAGUUGCGGAUUCUGGCUUCUGCUCCAGCUUUCCCCUUAAGUCAACUGAAGAAAACAAUCAUUAUUACCAAGGGCCAAGAAGUUGCUGUUGAGUGUAAACCGGAAGGCUCUCCCAAACCAACCAUUUCAUGGAAGAAAGGAGACAAAGCCGUGAGAGAAAACAAAAGGAUAACUGUUCUUCCAGAUGGGAGCCUACGAAUCGUGAAUGCCUCUAAAUCGGAUGAGGGAAGAUAUGCAUGCAGAGGAGAGAACGUUUUUGGCUCAGCGGAAAUAGCAGCUUCUGUAUUUGUUAAAGAGCCUACCAAGAUAGACCUGACUCCUAAGAGAACAGAGCUAACUGUGGGAGAAAGCAUUGUCCUCAGCUGCAAAGCCAUUCAUGAUCCCACUUUAGACGUCAUGUUCCACUGGACUCUGAAUGGGAAGCCUAUCGAUUUUGAGAAAGAAGGAGGACACUUCGAAAGCAUCCGAGCGCAAGCAUCCUCUGCAGAUUUAAUGAUCAGGAACAUUCUUCUAGUGCAUGCUGGGAGAUAUGGCUGCCGGGUACAGACUACAGCAGACAGUAUAUCAGAUGAAGCUGAACUUCUUGUUAGAGGUCCACCUGGGCCUCCCGGGGUUGUGAUUGUUGAGGAGAUCACAGAGACCACAGCAACUCUUUCAUGGACUCCUGGGGCAGACAAUCACAGCCCCAUAACAUCCUACAGCCUACAAGCACGAAGUCCAUUUUCACUUGGUUGGCAGACUGUAAAAACAGUUCCAGAAAACAUCAGUGGUGACAUGGAGUCUGCGAUGGCUGUCGAACUGAACCCGUGGGUGGAAUAUGAAUUUAGAGUUGUAGCGAUGAACAAAAUUGGGACUGGAGAUCCAAGUGCGCCAUCUAGAGUGAUCCAGACCAAGGAAGCAGUUCCAAAGACAGCUCCUGCUAAUGUAAGCGGCAGGAGUGGAAGACGGCAUGAAUUAGUAAUAGCAUGGGAGCCAGUCUCGGAAGAGUUUCAGAAUGGAGAAGGCUUUGGUUAUAUUGUAGCAUUCAGACCCAAUGGGACAAGAGGUUGGAAGGAAAAAAUGGUAACCUCUUCCGAUGCCUCCAAGUUCAUCUACAGAGAUGAAAGUGUGCCUCCCCUGACUCCAUUCGAAGUGAAAGUUGGUGCUUAUAACAACAAAGGAGAUGGGCCAUUCAGCCCUAUUGUUGUCAUCUGUUCUGCGGAGGGAGAACCCAGCACUGCUCCCACUGAUGUGAAAGCUACAGGACUGUCUGUAUCAGAGAUUCUUGUUGCAUGGAGACACAGUAAAGAAAGUUUAGGAAGACCACGGGGAUUUGAGAUGCAGAGCUCCAUCCAUUGGUGUUACCAAGCUAAAGCAAUUGAACAGAUGAAUGAUAAAAGGUCCACAGUCUUCUUCACCAUGAAGUUGAAGGCACCAUCAGUACCAAGAGAAAUGUUACAGUUGAUGAAGAAGUAG